AUGAUUACUGUUGGCGUCACUACAAUGAUAACACCAUAUGAUGGACUCAACGGAUAUUAUGCUACAUUUGCCGUCAACGGUCUGGCCAGCGGUGCUAUCGACACAAUGUCCAGUGUCUGGAUAGUCGAGAUGUGGGAAGAUCUGUGCGGACCGUUUGCACAGGGAUUGCAGUUUCUGUUGGGCUUAUCGGCUAUAAUUUCACCGCUAGUGGCCAACCCUUUCCUAUCGGAAACUGUUACUGAGUUAGUCAACAUUAAUAAACACAACUAUUACCAUUCAAUUAUUAAAUACAUGAAAACCGAUACCGGAAAUGUCGUUCAAAAUCUAACAUUAGUGAACUCGACUACAAUAGCCAUCACUGAGCGCACACCUACACGCGUAUACAUACCGUAUCUAUUCAUCGGUGGUCUCGACCUUUUAUGCGCUGCAAUAAUCGGUGGUCUAUACUUAUACAGGCCGUACAUCAAGCGAGUGAUUCAAUCGGCAGCCGAUGAACAAUCAGCAAACAAUUGGACUAACAAAUUGACCAAAAUGUUGGCCACUGAACUUCGGUCUACACCAUCAAAACUAUUGCUACUCAUAUUGGCGGCCAAUACUAUAGGUUUGGUUACGGCAAUAAUGUGGACCUACAGUAACUAUUGGCUAGCAUUUGCCCAGUCAUCGCAAUCACGACUGACCAACCAAAUGGCCAACAAUAUUUCGAUAGUAAUGUGGGCCGCUUUUUCCAUAAGCCGUGCUAUAUGUGUAGUACUAUCCUAUUAUGUUAGCCCUAUUCCCGUAACAUAUGCCUGUUUUACCGUACUAUUGGUAUCACAGAUACUGUUCCUUAUAUUUCAAGGCAAAUCUAUAGCUAUUAUGUGGACGGGUAGUGCACUGAUUGGUUUUGGUUUGGGACCCAUAUUUGCCAAUAUAUACCAAUUGAUUGAAUCGAUAACACCGGUAACCAAUUUGGUGGGCGCACUGUUUAUAUUUACAAUCGGUGUUUAUAUGACAAUAACUUCAUUGCUUUUGGGAGCUUAUGUUGAACAGUGUCCUAUGAUUUUCAUAUAUAUGAUACUAUUUUGUUGUGUCGUACCAUUGAUUUUGUUUAUUAUAAUACAUGUGCUCAUCAAUAAAGUUAUCAAUGUCAAAUCUAGUGAUUCAAUUACUAGAUUAUAA